AUGUCGUACUACUUUGCGAUUGUGGGCACGCGGGACAACCCCCUCUUCGAGCAUGAGUUCGGCACCUCCAAGGCCGGCGGUGACGGCAUGGCGCGGUUCAGGGACGACGCCCGGCAUAUGAACCAGUUCAUUGUGCACAGCAGCCUGGACAUAGUGGAGGAGGUGCAGUGGGGGACGGGCCAGAUGUACCUCAAGCACAUUGACCGCUUCCACAACAAUUUCAUCUCCUGCUUCCUCACCGCCGGCAACAUCAAGUUCCUCCUCCUGACGUCCCCCCACCCGGAUCACUCGCGCAUGUCCACCGCGUCCAUGUCCUCGCUCCGCAACUCGGCCUAUCCCUCGGCUAGCACGUAUAACCCCAACGCGCCGGCGGCCGAGGAGGCCAUCAAGAACUUCUUCAUGGACGUGUACGAUAGCUGGCUCAAGACCAUCAUGAACCCGUUCUACAGCCUGAACCAGCCCGUCAAGAGCCCCGUCUUCAGGGCCAGGGUGGCCGCAGCGGCGAAGAAGUACUUGUGA